GGCAUCUAGUGUGGUAGUGCAAGGUGUCAGAUUGUGGUAGCAGUGUGGAGGCUAGACGUCAGACCAGCUGUGUAAGGCUACCUGUACACACCUGCUACACACCUGCUGACCCUCUCUCAUUCAUCAUGGGUGCUCCGGAUGUACAACUGCCGAGUGUAGGACCCGAGGAAGGGGAGGUGACCUUGUAUGACCCCGAUAUCUUGACCAAACUGGACUGGUCAAAGGUCACCCAUAUGAAGAACGGGGUCACCUCUGCCACCCCGGGAGAAGGUCUGCUCGUGCGGCCGCUGUGUAAAGCUGAUUAUGACCGCGGGUUCCUACAGCUGCUGGGCCAACUGACGAAAAUCGGUGACAUCUCUCGAGAGAAAUUUAAUGAGCGUUUCGAAGCCAUGAGGAGCUGCCCAGGUCAUUAUUACGUUACUGUUAUAGAGGAUACACAGUUGGGACAGAUAGUUGGCUCAGCAACCUUGGCCUGUGAGCUGAAGUUUAUACGUGACUGUGCUAAGCGAGGUCGGCUAGAAGAUGUCGUGGUCAGUAAUGAACAGAGGAAACAGCGGGUAAAAAGUAUGAUACUGAUCGUCACCACCAUCACCUUACUAGCAGGAGAAGUUGGAUGCUACAAGAUGGGAUUGGAUUGUAAAGAUGAGAUGAAACUCUUCUACAGGUCCCUCGGCUACAGUAGUGAGAAGGGCAAUGAUAACACGAUGAUUAUUCGCUUCUGACAGAGACCUGGCGUUAAUAAGUCACACCUCUAGGGGGGGGGUUUGUGUGUUCCUUAAUGCUCUCUGAUUGCAAAUUAACUCAUGUGAUGCCUUCAAGAUAUGGUAGCCACUGUUCGCUUGAUAUAUAUAUAUCCGUUAACGUAAUAUUUCAGUUAACGUACAUACCGGUUAACGUGACACUUCAGUUAACGUACACUUCAGUUAACGUAC